AUGAAAUUCAUAUCGACUAUUGUGUUUUCACUGUUGUCGGUGACAGUCAGUGCAGUAGUCAUUGAUCGUCCGUCUGCCAGCGAAUCAGAAUCUGUAAAAGAAUGUUCAACACACAUGCAGCAACACACUGGUAUUUGCGCUUCAACUGGAACAGAGCAACAAUCAACUGAAACCAAUCAUGAUGUAGCCCAGUCAACUGUAGAUCCCGAUGAUUCAGACAGUUCUGUUGAACAGUCCGAUGAAUCAUCGUCAUACUCUCAGUCCAAACAGUCAGAUGAUGAUAUAUUUGACAACACACUAUAUGACGACAUCUGCCAUCUUCCUAAAAACUAUAUCCCAGAGAACAAACGGCCAUUCUCACACCUCAGCAAAGGCUGGAUAAAGAAACUGAGACUAGGAAGAUUAUGGAUGUGUCGCAAGUUGGCUCUUGAACCUCUCGAAGAAGAAUCAAUCAGAGUUGUAUCUGAACCUACUCCAGAAUUAAAAUCCAUCUUGAAAACCGGAUCCACUUUUAAACCCCACGGCUCAAAACACGAUCAUUCUAAAAAACAUCAGCAAAAGUCAAGUCACGAUGCUGGUUCAAGGGAAGCUAAAGUGCACUUUGUACCAACGACUAAAAUUGCUAGAUAUUCAAGUGAAUCUAGUGUACUGCAAGAAUAUGAUCUUCAACUUCUUCCACCAGAAUCAAGGUUUGAUAGAUUCAAACGACAGAUGCUGAGGUUCAUUGGAUAUAGAAGGCAUACUUGA